AAAUUAUAUAGAUUAGUUAGUGAGAAGCAGUCUUUAGAACUUGGUCAAAGUUAGCAAAGUCAACCAUAGUCUGCUAGCAUAUUUUAUAGUGAAAAUGAAAAGCCGCAAGCAGUGAACGAACUGACGCAAGUGUCCAAGAAAACGUACCAAUAAACUAUACAGUAAUCCUGAAUGAACAACUAAAAUCUUAUCGUUUUGAGAUUCUGCUGGUCAAUCAGAUAAUUCUGAAAGAACAAUGGUUGCAGAAAAAGUGUCAUUAUUUUUCAAUCUUCUGGCUACUCUGCUUCUUUCUUCAUCACCUUUGCACAUAUUCUGAAUGAACAACUAAAAUCUCAUCGUUUUGAGAUUCUUCUGGUCAACCAGAUCAUUCUGAAAGAACAAUGGUUGCAGAAAAAGGGUCACUAUUUUUCAAUCUUCUAGCUAAUCUGCUUCUUUCUUCAUCACCUUUGCUCAUAAGUUCCCAAGAACAGAGUUAGAUCUCAUAUGCAAACCUUUCAACUUCAUGGAUUAACAGUCCUUCUCGGAUCGACAAUGGUAUGGAUCUUGAUACAUCUUGGUAACCUAUCCUCCUAAGAGAAAGUGAUGGUGAUGGAAGGAAGUUUGGAUGCAGCUUCUAUUGUGGAUAUAACAAUAACGACUGUGUUUUUGGAGUCCUGAUUUUCCCCAGUAGUGUGAACUUUACGCGGUACAAUUACUAUGCGAACCCUGAAUUGGUGUGGUCUGCAAACAGGAACAAUCCUGUCGGAGUCAAUGCUACUUUGCAACUCAGGCAGGAUGGAGAUCUGGUCUUGGAAACUCCCGAGGGAACCUUGGUGUGGUCUAGCAAUACAAGCGGAAAAAAUUGGUUUCUGGAUUGAACUUAACGGAUCAGGGGAACCUGGUUUUGUUUGGCAGAAACAAUGAGAUCAUCUGGCAAUCAUUUGAUUAUCCUACAGACUCACUGCUUCUGGGACAGAAGUUGGUUGCAGGGCAGAAGUUAACAGCCAAUGUUUCUGAAAUGAAUUUUGAUCCAGGUUUGCUGUCCCUUUCUAUUGACAACAAUCGUUUGAUUGCAUAUGUAGAGUCAAAUCCAUCACAAAUAUAUUAUGCCUCUGUAUUGGACGGUCUUCCUUAUGUUGAAUUUACAAAUGGUAGUUUCAAUGGUUGACCAUUCCUCCUGGAACAGUUGACCAGUUCAUAAAAUUUGGCGUUGAUGGUCAUUUGAGGGUUUACCAGUUUAUAGGAAGGUUUUGCACAGCAGUUGCUGAUCUUUUAGAAGCAAAACUUGGUGAUUGUGGGCAUCCAUUAGUGUGUGGAAAUUGUGGUGUCUGCUCAAACGGAUAUUGCCGUUGUCCUGAUAUAAGGAAGUUCUUCAGGCAAAUAGAUAACUGAAAAACAAAUCUAGGAUGUUCUUUGGUCACUCCCAUUUCCUGCAAAACUUCCAAGGAUCAUAUUCUCGUGGAGCUAAAGAAUACUACAUACUUUGUACUUGAAGCCAGCUUAGUGAAGUUGCCUGAAGUGGAGUCAGUUGAGGAUUGCAAGAGUAUGUGUCUCAGUAACUGCUCGUGCAAAGCGGCUCUCUUUGUGUUAGAUUCAUGGGGUGGACCCUCAGGGAAGAAAGGUAAAUGCUUAUUGCUGAAUGAAGUUUUUUCCAUCAUCAACAAGGUGACUCCCGCAACUCUUUUCCUUAAGGUGCAAAAACCUGAAGUCAUGAUAUCUAGAGGCAAGAGAAAGGUUAUAACCGUAGUUGCAUCUGCUGUUGUGGCUUCCUUUUUGCUUGGUUUUGAUGAUUGGAUUCUGCCUUGUUCAUCGCCGGAGAAGAUUAAAGAAUUCCAAUCAACUUAAAGGUGAGUUCCUGGAUCAGCUAAAGGGAAUGCCUACAAUAUUCUCCUAUGAGGUGUUGAAAACGAUGACAGGAGAUUUCUCGAAAAAACUAGGGGAAGGAGGAUUUGGCAGUGUUUAAGAAGGGGUUCUCGACGAUGGCACUAAAAUUGCAGUCAAAACGUCUUAAAGGUUUAAGCCAAGUGAAUGAGUCUUUUUUAGUUGAAGUACAGACGAUUGGUAGCAUUCAUCACGUGAAUCUGGUUAAACUAAUCGGAUUUUGUUUCCAAAAAUCACAUAGGCUUUUGGUUUAUGAGCAUAUGGCAAAUGGAUCAUUGGAUAGAUGGAUCUUUGAUAAAGAUCAAAGCCAUUCUCUUCCAUGGCACACGAGAAGAAAAAUCAUCAAGGACAUCGCCAAGGGAUUAGCUUAUCUCCAUGAAGAAUGCAGUCAGAAAAUAAUUCACUUUGACAUCAAACCCCAAAACAUCUUGUUAGAUCAAAAGUUCAAUGCAAAAGUUUCUGAUUUUGGAUUGUCGAAGCUAAUUGAGAAAGAUCAAAGUAGAGUUUUUACAAGGAUGAGAGGAACACCAGGAUAUCUAGCUCCAGAGUGGUUGCGCUCAAACGUCACAGAAAAAGUGGACGUGUACAGUUUUGGCAUCUUGGUUCUGGAAAUCAUAUGUGGGAGGAAGAACUUGGACUGGUCUAGGGAUGAUGAUGAAGACAGUCAUCUCCUAGAUCUUUUUAAGAAAAAAGCAGAAGACGGCACAGUUCGAGAAUUGGUGGAUGAGAAAAGCGAGGACAUGCAGAUCCACGUCAAGGAAGCCGAGGAGGUGAUGAAGAUUGCUGCGUGGUGCUUGCAGCAUGAUUCCACCAAACGGCCUUCAAUGUCUCAGAUAGUUAAAGCAUUAGAAGGUUUCAUGCCUUCUGAAACUAACCUGCAGCAUAGUUUCAGUUAUCCAUCUGUGGAGGACGGACAGAAAGAUUCUGAUGCUAGUCUAAUUAUGGCAUCACAUUUGUCUGGACCAAGGUAAACAAGAACCAAGUCCUGGAACAAUCAGUUUUUACAGCAAUUCAAGUAUUCAAGCAUAAAAUUAGUUAGUUUUGGACAAUCACAGAUGUAUGAUACUGCGAUUUUAUUUCGAUAUAGCUCUUUAUGAUACUAAGGAGGUUUCAGAGCCAAGUACUUCAUCAGUAAUUCAAUCAGGUUACUGAAUUUAAGAAAAACCAAAUAAAAUUAAGAUUAAUAACUAGCAAAGUCUGCAUUAUUUUCCUUGAAUUUAUCAGUAUCUUCACCUGAAAAGUAAUCAGAACGUGAACAACCGGUGUCACUGACUUCAUG